GUUAUGACCUGUUUCAGCCCUACUGCGCCUCCCGCACCUUCGCAUCCUCGAGCCGCCCGUCACAUACUCCGAGGAGCGUACCUCGCAAUGGCCAAGUAUAUCGAGGCUGCUGUUCCCUUGCCCAUGAUCCAUCACAUCCAAACUAGCCAUCCUUCAACUUUACCCGUAAUACCAUGGCGGAAGCACUUGCGACUCUUGCCGUUGUGGCCAGCAUCCUUCAGGUUGUUGAUUUAGGGGUCAGAGUCAUCAAACGUCUUGAGGACUUUCGCGAGGAAGCAGGUGGUCUCCCGAAAGCGUUCACGCACAUCAGCCGCCGAUUACCCAUCUUAAUUGACGCGUUAAGAAAAACGAAGCAAAUUAUGGAAAAUGGAUCCAUAGCCGAGAGUACGAGGGAGGCAUUCGCGCCUGCCGUGGAGGAGUGCUCCAGACAAAUCGCGAAACUGGAUUCGACAAUUGAUAGAGCUUUGCCUAAGAUCGGCGAUUCUGGAAUGACGAGAAAAUGGAAGGCUGUCGCGAGCGUCAAAUACGAUAGCGAGGUUCAAGAGAUGGACAAAGUUAUUGGCAUGUACAUGGAUACAAUGACGCAACAUCACAUCAUCUCAGCAGCUGCGAAAGACUCAGCUUUAGCAAAGGCUCCACCAAUCCCAACAACGACUUGUCCUUUCCGACGAGAUCAAGACUUUGUACACCGAGAUGCUUUAGAUCAAGUCACUUCACGCAAUAGGCCUGGAUCUAUUACUGCACUCGUUGGUAUGGGUGGUGUCGGUAAAUCUCAGAUAGCGAUCGAGUACGCACACCAAACUAGAGACGCUUCUCACCAGACAUGGGUGUUUUGGGUACAUGCUGAAAAGAUAACUUCGUUUGAGGAAGAUUACCGGAAGAUCGCAAAAGCGGUAUGCCUUCCAGGGUGCGACGAGAAAGGCGCGGAUGUGCUCACUCUCGUUCGCGAUUGGCUUGAUGACGAGACGAACGGACCCUGGGUUCUGAUCUUCGAUAACGUGGACGACGUAAACGUACUGACUGCGCCAUCUCCAAAGGCACAACCUCCGACGGUUGAUGAUGGGAGUUGGACAGCCCCUCAAAUCCGAGAAUUCGUACCGCGUUCGCAAAACGGGCUGAUACUGCUUACUUCGAGAAGUAGAGAGGCAGCACAGAUGAUCACUGGAAAUCUCAACUAUCAUAUCGAUGUCGAAGAGAUGAAUGAAGUGGAGGCUAUCACGUUACUCAAAAGCAAACUCAAGCCCAACGAUAUUUACGCCAACGAUGAUUUUGUACAGCUUGUCAAAGCCCUUGACUACAUUCCGCUCGCUAUAUCUCAGGCUGCCGCUUUUAUCAGUCUGAACUAUCCGCGUGUCACCAUACCCAAAUAUCUCGAGAGCCUUGCAAAACCGAAUCAAGACACGGAGAGAUUGUUGGAAGAGAGUGUACACGAAUCCAACAGAAGUGUUCACAGGUCAAAUUCAAUUGUCAAAACCUGGCAGUUAUCAUUCCAGUACGUUCGAGAGACACAUCCUUCAGCCGCAAGACUCCUUUCGCUGAUGUGCCUGUUCGAUCGGCAGGGGAUUCCGGAAGCGCUUCUCACCGACCAAUACGGCGAGGAAGCUACCGAAGCAGUAGCCCCACUUCAACCCCGCCUCUCAUGGUGGAAACGAAUCCGGAGACGGCGGCUGAAUAAACGCAAGCGACCCAUGGAAAAGAGACAACACAGAAGAGAGAGAAAAUGUAAUUUUGACGCCGACUGGCGCACAAUCACGAAUUUCUCAUUGAUCAAAACAAACGCGGACGGGCAACACUUCAACAUGCAUGGUCUGGUACAGUACACUACCAGGAGAUGGCUCGAAAUGAAUCAUGAAUUAGAGGUAUGGAAGCGAAGGUACGUCGCAAUAAUGAGCGACUUUUUCCCACAACCUGAACACGACAAUUGGAAGAUCUGUCAGUACCUUUUCCCGCACGCCCAACAAGCCGCGCAGUACCGUCCUAUCGAUAGGCCUGCACUGUUAGUGUGGACACCCCUCAUUCAAAGAGUCGCACAGUUUCCAAGUGUCAUUGGCAGCUAUACUACAGCCGAGGACCUGUGGCGUACGGCACUGGCUACGUUUGAAGCUCACAUGGGAGAACGAAACGAAAAUACACUACGAUGUUUGCAUCACCUCGGCUCUGUUCUCGUCACACUCAAAAAUUAUCCAGAAGCAGAAAUACUUCUUCGAAGAGCAUGGGAAGGGCGACAGGUCCUGCUAGGCCCAGAUCAUAUCGAUACUCUGGACAGCGCUCAUGGGCUAGGCGGGGUUCUCAACAUACAGAAAAAGUGGCAAGAGGGCGAGCUGAUGCAAGCGCGAGUGAUUGAAGGACGAGGAAACCUAUUUGGGCCAGAACACAUCGAGUUGCAGUCCCUGGUCGGUGGUCUUGCAUUCAGUAGCGUCAACAACGGAAGAUACGAACAGGCCGAAGCGCUCCACCAACAAGUGUCUGACAUACGCAAGGCCGCUUUCGGAGAAGAAUCAGACGACACGUACAAAAAUAUGCGUGCGCUUGCGGUACUCCAACACACACAGGGAAAAUUCACCGAGGCUGAAGCGCUGCAUCGGCAGGUCGUCACGACGAGGGAACAAAGAUCUGGGCUCCACGACGCUGAGACCAUCAAGAGCAUCAACUUCCUCGGAGAAGCGUUGGACAAACAAGGCAACUACGAUGAGGCGGUACAGCAAUACCAACGUGUUGUAGACGUGUUUACCGAUCUCGACAACAAGGCGCGCGAAGAGGCACUGUGGAGCAUGGACAACCUCGCCCAAGUAUUUUCAAAACAAGGAAAACUCGUCGAAGCGGAAGAGGUCGGUCGCCGGCUGAUCGAAGAGAGAGAGAAGCUGCUUGGAGUCGAUGACUUGGACACGCUGAUCGGUGUGCACACGCUGGCGGAUAUCUUGACCCAGCAGGAACGCUUCCAGGAUGCGACGUUGUUGUAUGAGCGAGCGUAUGUUGGGACUGAGAAGAAGUUGGGCCCAGAGCAUCCUGAUACGAUUGAGUUUCUGAACGACUUAAACUCAGCGAAGAACAAGCGGAUUUUGUGGGCUGGGGAAGAGGGGUAUUGUGUGAUCGAUAACAAUGCAUUGGAGUUGGCGAGCGUGGCGCCGGGGAUGUUGGUUUUCCAGUCACCGGUACCUAUUGCAGUCUAAGCUAAAGGGGAGAUGGAGUAUAUCUCUAUGAUACGGGCAGCUCUCGCUACAUAGUUAAUGUCUUCAAAUCUAG